AUGGAUCCGGACGAUAAUGUGUAUAGACUCGCGGGAAGCAGCGGUAGUGAAAAGGGGGGGCUAAUAACAACGAAAAAACCGACGUCGUUUAAAAUGCCGCAAACGUCCCGUUUGGGUUUGGAUAAACUGGCAGCGGCAAAACGCAAAGAAAAAGAGGAUGUGGCGCGAAAAAUGUCGUUCGCUGUGGAAGAGGAAGGCAAAGAUGAUGAUGCGACGUUUAAAAAAGACAGACUUUCAAAGGACGGUAGGAAAUUCAGAUCUCCCAAUGAAGAAACACCUACGUAUACAGGGGGCAUUAGCAAUGAGGCUAGGGAACGUCUUAUUGAAAGACUUAAUUCCAAUAAGAGCAAGGAGAAGGGCGUGUACGCCACCACGAAGAAUAAGAGAGAUAAAGAUGGGAAGCGGGAUACAUACAAAGAUAAGUAUAAAGAUCGCAGACAUGGCAGUGAGAGACGUCGCGAUAGAAGUGAGAGAGACAGCGCUAGAGGUGAGAGAACUCCCAAGUUUAGGGAUGAACCAAAAACGCCCAAUAUACACUUGAAAGAUGAUGUCUCCAAGACUGCUUGGGAUGAAGAUGAUGAAGCUCCCGCCAAACGAUCUUCUUGGGAUUUUCCGACACCCUCCUCCUUCAAACAGAGCUCGGAUUGGUCGGAGAGAAGCAGCAGGCGCAGCGAAGACCGGGAUUUUUACAAAAAAGAGUCCAGUCAUAGGAGGAGGCACGAGGACGACACCCCGAGACCCACCCCGGCGCACAGGUACAACACCUGGGCCAAGGACCGCAAGCGCUCCGGGGCCACGCCGGGGGCCAACGAGCCCGUCAAGUGGGACGCUACCGUGGACAGGGCGAUGUGGGAGGAGGAGCAGAAGCGGCUCGACCGCGAAUGGUACAACAUGGACGAGGGCUACGACGACGAGCACAACCCUUUCGCGAGCGUGAGCGAGGAGUACACAAAAAAGAAGGAGGAGCAGCUGGAACAAAGAAAAAAGAAGCGGAUGUCGGCGCAGCAAAGGCAAAUCAACAAGGACAACGAGCUGUGGGAGCGGAACCGGAUGCUGACGUCGGGCGUGGUGCACUCGGUGGACUUCAGCGAGGACUUCGACGAGGAGUCCGUCGACAGGGUGCACCUGCUCGUGCACAACAUAGUGCCGCCGUUUUUGGACGGCCGCAUCGUCUUCACGAAGCAGCCGGAGCCGGUGGUGCCGGUGAGGGAUCCCACUUCUGAUAUGGCCAUGAUGGCGAGGAAAGGUUCGCAUCUGGUCAGGGUGUUCAGGGAGCAGAAGGAACGGAAGAAGGCGCAGAAGAAGCACUGGGAGCUUGGCGGUACCAAAAUGGGCAACAUAAUGGGCGUGAAAAAGAAGGAGGACGAGGAGGACAAGCGCUACAACAAGGAGGACGACAGCGCCGACUACAGGACCGACCAGAAGUUCGCCGAGCACAUGAAGUCUAGCGAGGCGGCCAGCGACUUCGCCCGAAAAAAGACGAUCUCCGAGCAGAGGCGGUACCUGCCCGCUUUCGCCGUCAGGCAGGAGCUGCUCAACGUCAUCAGGGAAAAUUCCGUAGUCAUCAUUGUCGGUGAAACCGGAAGCGGAAAAACAACCCAAUUGACUCAGUACCUCCAUGAAGAUGGCUACAGCAAAUACGGCAUGAUUGGUUGCACUCAGCCGAGAAGAGUGGCGGCCAUGUCGGUUGCUAAGCGUGUUAGCGACGAAAUGGGGACCCAACUAGGUGGGGAGGUGGGCUACGCCAUCCGUUUCGAGGACUGCACCUCCGAGAGCACGGUGAUAAAGUACAUGACGGACGGUAUUCUGCUCAGGGAGAGCCUCAGGGAGCCGGACUUGGACCACUACAGCGCCGUCAUCAUGGACGAGGCCCACGAGAGGUCGCUGAGCACCGACGUGCUGUUCGGGCUUUUGAGGGAGAUAGUAUCCAGACGGCACGACCUGAAGCUGAUCGUGACGUCGGCCACGAUGGACUCGAGCAAGUUCUCGAUGUUCUUCGGCAACGUGCCGAUGUUCACGAUACCGGGUCGGACGUUUCCGGUCGAGACGCUGUUCAGCAAGAACGUUGUGGAGGACUACGUCGAUUCGGCGGUCAAGCAGGCUUUGCAGAUCCAUCUGCAGCCGCCGUCGGGCGACAUCCUCAUCUUCAUGCCCGGACAGGAGGACAUCGAAGUCACCUGCGAAGUGUUGAGCGAACGCCUGGGCGAAAUAGAGAACGCGCCGGCCCUCUCGAUACUGCCGAUUUACUCGCAGCUGCCGUCCGAUUUGCAGGCGAAAAUUUUCCAGAGAUCGCCCGAGGGCAUCAGGAAGUGCGUCGUAGCUACCAACAUAGCCGAAACGUCGCUCACGGUCGACGGCAUCAUUUUCGUCAUCGACUCCGGCUACUGCAAGCUGAAAGUUUACAAUCCCAGGAUAGGCAUGGAUGCUUUGCAGAUUUACCCCAUCAGCCAGGCGAACGCGAACCAGCGCUCAGGUAGGGCCGGGCGUACCGGGCCCGGCCAGGCGUUCAGACUUUACACCGAGAGGCAGUACAAGGACGAGUUGCUGGUGACGACUGUCCCGGAAAUACAGAGGACCAACCUGGCCAAUACGGUGCUGCUGCUGAAAUCGCUCGGGGUGCAGGAUUUGCUUCAGUUCCACUUCAUGGACCCGCCACCUCAGGAUAAUAUCUUAAAUUCUCUUUACCAACUUUGGAUAUUGGGCGCGUUGGAUCACACCGGAGUUUUAACGAAACUAGGGAGGCAAAUGGCGGAAUUCCCCUUGGACCCCCCUCAAUGUCAAAUGCUCAUUGUUUCAAGCCAAAUGGGGUGCACCGCAGAGAUUCUCAUUAUAGUGUCCAUGUUGUCCGUGCCGUCUAUAUUCUACAGGCCAAAGGGCAGGGAAGAGGAGGCAGACGGGGUCAGGGAAAAGUUUCAAGUACCCGAAAGCGACCAUUUAACGUUUUUAAAUGUUUACAAUCAGUGGAAACAAAACAGUUAUUCAUCGCACUGGUGUAACGAGCACUUUAUACACAUUAAAGCAAUGAGGAAAGUGAGAGAAGUGAGGCAACAACUUAAGGAUAUUUUGAUUCAGCAAAAGCUCGACAUCAAAUCGUGCGGCAGCGAUUGGGACAUCAUUCGGAAAUGUAUUUGUUCAGCAUACUUCCACCAAGCGGCGCGGCUGAAAGGCAUCGGCGAGUACGUGAACUGCCGAACGGGCAUGCCUUGCCACCUGCACCCGACGUCGGCGCUGUUCGGGCUCGGCAACACGCCCGACUACGUGGUCUACCACGAGCUGGUGAUGACGGCGCGCGAGUACAUGCAGUGCGUCACCUCGGUGGACGGGCACUGGCUGGCCGAGCUCGGGCCGAUGUUCUUCUCGCUCAAGGAGACCGGCAAGUCGGGCAGGGCGAAGAAGAAGCAGGCGGCCGAGCACCUGCAGGAGAUGGAGGGCCAGAUGCAGGUGGCGCAGGAGGAGAUGAAGGCGCGCAGGGAGGCGGCCGACAGGAGGGAGGCGGCGCUCAACAAGGGCCAGGAGAUCGUCUCGGCCGGCGCCACGCCCAGAAGGACCCCAAACAGGUUCGGGCUCUAA